AGGGGUUUAGACGAUCAAUUGCAGGUAAACAACACAAGCAACCCUAGAAAGUCUCCAAAUCAAUUGCCGCAUCACGAUCUUACGCAGAUCCGAGCAUCAGACUACCGCUCACUUCAAAGCUGCUGUCUUGCCUCCUGCCCCCGCCAUUCAUCGGACUUCCCAUUCAUCUCCAGUCCACUGAAGAAAAUAGCCGCUGAAGUCAAAUUUGUCGUUGCUGGCAGCUCAAACAAUCGUGACCCGAUUGCCUACUUCUCCCAAAUCAUAACCCGGCUCCUGUUCUGCGUCUGGUGUGGUCUGACGGAAAGAAGAACUCUACUCCAAACGAACGGAGCCGUCGCCGUCGUAUCCCGGCCGUGUCCGAGGGCUUUGACCUCGUAUCCGGUCAACUAGGUUCGCCGCAUCUGUGCUUCACAGCUUCUUUGGGUAGCAGCAUGGCCACGGCCGAGGCUGCAACGUCUUCUACUGGACCACGUUAUGCACCGGAUGAUCCAACUUUGCCCCUACCUUGGAAGGGUUUAAUUGAUGGUAGCACUGGAUUGCUGUACUAUUGGAAUCCUGAAACUAACGUUACACAGUAUGAGAAGCCAUCAGCCUUGCCUCCCCCGCUACCACUUGGUCAACCUCCUAAACUUGCUCCUCUACCGGGCGCUAAUGCUGCGCAACCAAGUGAUGGUCAAGGCCAGCAUCAAAGCCUUCAUGUAGGCCAAAGUUUGCAACAAGGUUCAACUGGACAGCAGCAGGGAUCACAUGUGAAUUCUUCUAUGCAACAACAGAUGCACCACAAUAGGCCCCAUGGGACCCAACAGGCAACUCACCAAAUGCCUACACAACAACCAGGGACUCCUAUUUCUCAACCGAUGUUGCAGCACAUUCCACAGCAAAUGCAGCCAUUCCAAGGAAUGCAGACAGGAAAACCUCCGGAUUUUCAAUUUACUCACCACCCAACACCACAUGGUUUGUAUACUCACCAGAACAUGAAUCCCCAAGCUCAUAACGUUUCUGAUCAACAGAAGCAACAUAUGAUGCAAGGAAAACAAUUUCCUCACCAACAAGAGCAUAACAUGGAAUUCCGUCCUAGAGAGGAUGUAGAUUUCCCCCAAGGCAAUCAAAUUGGCUUCUCACCAAUGAACGCCUUUCAGCCAGCACCUGCCCAGACCUCAGCUCCAGGAGCUAACCCCUCUCUAGGCCCUCAAAUGGCUGCACAACCUGCUCAACCAAUGCAGUUUAGUGGCCCUUCUGCUAGUAUGCAGCAGGCAGCAUCUCAAACUCAUUGGAUGCACAGCGGGCCAGAUUCACUGCACCACCAACAUACUUCCAGGUUCCAAAGCCAGAUGGGUCCAUCACAUGGUCAACUGCCUCCACUUGGAUCAAAUACAGGAUAUGAAGAAAACUCGCACGGAAGAGUAGGAAAUACGUUUUAUGAUAAUAAUACUGUUAAGGACGUCCAUGCCAUGCCUUCUCAGGCUUCACAUCCCAUGCUCGCGUCAAUACCACACACAAGAUCUCAGCAUGAAAUGAGGACCGUUGAUCUAGCAACGCAGAAUCCAGCACCUGGUUUUCAUGGUGCAUAUAAUGGUUCUGGAGGUCCAGCAAUGCAUAAUAUGUAUGGUCAAGCAACCGGUGGUGGUGGUCCCCAGUUUCCAACUCAUGCCCAAAUGCGUCCCCCUGCAGCAGCUAUGGGACCUUCUGAUGCUGAGGAUUACCGUAAAAAACAUGAAAUCACGACAAUGGGAGAAAAUGUUCCGGAUCCUUUCAUCACAUUUGAAGCUACUGGCUUUCCUCCAGAAAUACUUAGAGAUAUUCAUAUUGCUGGAUUCGCAUCUCCUACACCAAUUCAAGCACAAACAUGGCCCAUUUCACUACAAAACCGAGAUAUUGUGGCAGUUGCCAAAACAGGAUCUGGCAAAACACUGGGAUAUCUUAUUCCUGCAUUUAUCCAGCUUUCGCGAAGGCGUAACAAUCCUCAGAAUGGACCAACUGUAUUGGUCUUAGCUCCAACACGUGAGCUAGCUACACAAAUCCAAGAUGAAGCACUAAAAUUUGGACGGUCAUCAAGGGUUUCUUGCACAUGCUUGUAUGGUGGUGCUCAAAAGGGUCCCCAGCUAAAAGAACUAGAACGAGGAGCAGACAUCGUUGUGGCAACACCUGGCAGGCUCAAUGAUAUACUUGAGAUGAAGAGGAUUGAUUUUCGGCAGGUUUCCCUUCUGAUUCUUGAUGAGGCUGAUCGAAUGCUUGACAUGGGGUUUGAGCCUCAGAUUCGAAAGAUUGUGAAUUUAAUACCUCCUAGUAGACAAACUCUUAUGUACACAGCAACCUGGCCUAAGGAAGUCCGGGCGAUAGCUAAUGAUCUUCUUCGAGCACCUGUCCAAGUGAACAUUGGCAGUGUCAAUGAGCUUGAAGCCAACAAGUCCAUCACCCAGUAUGUUGAGAUAGUUCCGCAAGCAGAGAAGCAGAGACGGGUUGAGCAGAUUCUUCUAUCCCAAGAACGAGGCUCUAAAAUUAUAAUAUUCUGCUCCACAAAAAGAUUGUGUGACCAGCUUGCACGAAGCAUUGGCCGUAGUUUUGGUGCUAUUGCCAUUCAUGGUGAUAAGUCUCAGACUGAGAGGGAUUGGGCCCUCAAUCAAUUUAAAUCUGGGAAGACCCCAAUUCUAGUAGCAACUGAUGUUGCUGCUAGGGGUCUUGAUGUACGUGAUGUAAGGGUAGUAAUCAACUAUGAUUUUCCAACCGGGGUCGAGGAUUAUGUUCACCGAAUUGGGAGAACCGGAAGGGCAGGGGCAACAGGCGUUGCAUAUACCUUUUUUUCAGAUCAAGACUGGAAAUAUGCUGCUGAUCUCGUGAAAGUCCUGGAGGGUGCCAACCAGCAGGUGCCUCCACAAAUCAGAGAGAUUGCCCGACGUGGCCCGCCUAGCUUUGUCAAGGAUCGAGCUGAGAUGAACCGUUCUGAUCCAGGUAUGGAUAAUGGUGGUGUCCGGUCGCGCUGGGAUUCUGGUGGUCGAGGAGGAAUGAGAGAUGGUGGUUUCGGG